UUGGGGUCCAAAAGUGUGGCAUUUUUGGCGUCUCUGUUAAUGCAACCGUUCACAAUGCGCCUUGAAAAUCGGUAUACAUUUUCCAGUACGCAAAAUAAUGUUUUGAAGAUCACCCCCCAUUUGGACUAUGGGUACCAGCCGCCCCCCCCCUUUUUUUUGACGUAGUGUCCGGACUAAAACCCGAUGAUGCGCGUGCCGGAUAUUUUGUGGCACAGUGAACAAGCCAGUUUCCUCUCAACCAGGAAGUUGACAAGGAAAAACUGCCUCAUCCAUAAUGAGUUUUCCCAUCCCAUAGUGGUGUGCCAUCCGAAGUCUAACAUUGUACUUUGGCUGGUCCACUGCACACUGGUCUUGCACUGUGGGCUGAUAGAAAUAAAAAUCAUAACUGACGAUUCCGAGUCAUGGCGGACUGCGGACAAUCCCGAUUCAUCGGCCUGAAUGUUGGCGGUCUGGUUUACUUCACCACCCUGGGCACGCUGCGAAGCAACGUGGACUCCACGUUGGGCCGCAUGUUCAGCGGCAACUUCCAGAAGAAAUGCGAGAAGGACAAAGCCGGGAACUUUCUGGUCGACGCUGAUGGGCCUCUCUUCCGCUACGUGCUGGGCUUCAUGCGCCAUGGCGGUCGGCUGGACCUACCCAAGGAUUUCAAAGACAUGGACCUGCUGGAAUCAGAGGCCGAGUUCUACCAGAACAGGCAACUGACCGAAGCUGUGAAGAAGUACCGGGCUGGUGCCGAGGUUGCGAGGAUUCACUUCGUUGUAGGCGGGGAAUGCUUCACGGAGCUCCGUUCAACCUUGAUGAAGAACGAGCAGUUUGUCAAGUCGCACCUUGGUGGCAUGGUCGACGAUGCAAGCACGAAGGUGCGGUUCGAGAUCAACAAAGAUGCCGCCAGCUUUCGCCACUUGUGGCGAUUCAUCCUGACUGGAUCUCUCGAUUUCGACAUCUCAUAUGCACAAGAAGAAAUUUACGCUGCUGAGUUGGUACAACUUCGAGAGGACCUACCUUUCUACGAUGUCGAGGGAUUGAGAAAUGCGAUAGAGGCGCAGCUGUCUGAUAUCUACGCAACGUAGGCCGGCGAUUAGUACUGCAUGGUUUCAGAUUCUGUUCCCUUCUAACAUUUUUGAAGCGAAAUUUCACCCGAUCGCUGGCCACAAUUCUUCACUCCAAAUACAUGUUGUGUGGACUGUUCAUGCUGUAUUUUUUAAAGGCCAAAGUAAUUUAGGAUGGACUUUGAUUAAAAUAAUAUCAAAACCUCGCACGAAGAGCGACGGGGAGUAAUUUUGGGAAUCCCCGUUGACGCAAUGCAUAUUCAGUUCGAUUUUCGAUUCAAUUCUGUUUACUAUACCUGAACAGAGGCGUCAAGGUCAAACACACGAGGGACAUAAUCCACAAUUAUAUAAGGGGACGGAAGUAUAUGAUUUCUGUUUACAUAAAAAAAUAAAAUUAGCUGCUUGGAUUUUUGUAUUGCUUUAUUUUCAAGAGUUUGAUUGGAAGGACGGCGCCUCCAGGACGUAACUUUUCGUCAUUUUGAAAUAUUUCCGGAGGUCAAAUGUGUACAUGUAUAUCUUUUAAAAAAUUAAACCGCAUAAGCCAGCUGUAUGGGCACAUAAUGAAGGUAUUAUGUUGUCAUGCUCAAAAUCGUUGGGGAAUGUGAAAAUUACGGUACCAUGUCAUGGGAAUCUGUCGCCAUUUAUGCAUGUUUUAAGGAAUUAAAUUCAGCAUAUCUCA